GUUAGUCGUAUGUUAAGUGCUGUGGGCGACGGUCGCAGUGAUUUCAUUUUAUUAAUCUCAUUGGAGCAUUCGAAAUGUCUCGUCUCUCGAUUUUGGUGCUCCUUGCUGUAUGCGGGAGUGCCUACUCUCAUACCUAUCAUUUAGGAGCAUGUCCUAUCGUAGAACCUAUGCCAGGAUUUGAUAUGAACCAGAUGUUGGGAGUCUGGUACGUUAUCCAGAAGACGUCUACAGCAUCCCACUGCAUCACAUAUAACUUCACCAGAACUGAUGAGCCAGGGGUAUAUGAACUGGAACAAGUAUCUCAGCAUUUUAUAUUGGGCUUGACACCUUUGGAACAUGAUUAUAGAUAUACAGGUGUGUUAACUGUUCCUGACCAAUCAGUACCCGCUCGGAUGAAAGUACGAUUCCCGCUAAGUGUUGCUGGAUCAGCAAGCUACACAGUAAUGGCGACUGACUAUAACACCUACGCUGCGGUUUUCACUUGUCAAAAAUUGACUUUUGCCCAUCGUCGCUCGGCCACUAUACUAUCCAGAACCAAAGAACUGGAUAAGAUGUACGUCGAUAAGAUGCGCACAAAAUUAGCCUCUUUCGGAGUAGAUCCAUACGAUUUAUCUAUAAUUUCACAAAGCGAGUGCCCGAAGCAUCCCAACGGCACAGAGGGAGUUAAUAUCAAUAUCGAUCCUAAUACUUUCUCGGCACAUAAUAUCGGCGAAGCUGUCAGAAAAACUGGUGGAGUUAUUGCUGAUGGCGUUGAGUAUGUCGUGGAUGCAGGCAAGAAGGUGUACCACAAAGUUGCCAGCAGCAAGGAAGAUCUAACUGAAACACCUUCUAAUCCUAUUCGCAACUACGAUAAUGAUGCGGAAUGGUUACCUUAGACAUGCAAAUAUUAAUGUACCACUGUUAGUAUACCACUUUAAGUAAAGUAUGAUAUUUUUAGUGCCAAAUAUCAAGAGCAUUUAUUUUAUUAAAUAAAUAGUUAUGUAUAUAUAGUGAAAUAUAACUAGUGAACUUCAUUUAAGUAAAUGAAAGCAAAAGACAGGAAUAACUACAAGGCGGUUUUUAGAUUAAACAUGAUACAGGAAGAAAUUUUUUUUAGUGCGGAUAUUUUUAUAUUUUGUACAUAAACAAAAUUUAAUGAUCACGUAUUUUUUCUUUUUUUUUUUAACUCAAAAAUAACAAAAUUAUCGUUAGCUAAAGUUAUUUACUUUUGAACAGAAUUUUAGGGUCACCCUAUUGUGCGUUUAUUUUAUUUUCGUUUGAUACCUAAAGGACGUCACCAGAUCACUUUUAAGCUGAAUAUAUCUUGUUUAGUAAUAAUAUGUACAUUAUUUUGUUAUUUUAGAGACAUAAAUUUAAAAAAAAAUUACAUUAAAUGUAUCGAACUGUUUGUAGAUUUAUAUUCUAUUAAUAAUACAGAACCACGAAAAAAAAUAUCCGCACUAAAGACCGAAUCACCCUGUAUAAUAAAGAACAGAUGCAUAACCAUAUAAUUUUAUUUAUACUAUGAAAUCCAUAAGUUGCUUAUUAUUGUCUGAGUAUGUCGGUUUUUUUAAAGUCACUAGGUUAUCAAUAAAAUAUUAAAAUACCA